GGGAUGCACAGAGCAAGAAGUUCAGGAUGUUUGUCAACUCUGGGGCAAUAAUUAUUUUGACCUUCUUGUUAUUGGCCCUUGUUCCUGGAUGGGGGGCAUCUCAGGCAUGUUCCUACCCUUGCCAGUGUCCCUCACAGGCUCCCUCCUGCCCUCCUGGCAAUAGCCUUUUGCUAGAUGGCUGUGGUUGCUGCAAAGUGUGCUCCCAGCAGCUUGGAGAGCUGUGUUCCCUGCAGGAACCUUGUGAUCACCACAAAGGGCUCUACUGUGACUUCUCCAAAACCCAGAAAGACAGUGGCAUCUGUUUAGCUCGUGAAGGCUCCACCUGUGAGCUGCUGGGGAAAAUCUAUCUAAAUGGGGAGAGCUUCCAGCCCAGCUGUAGGCUGCAGUGCAUCUGCCUGGAUGGGGCCAUUGGCUGCAUUCCCCUUUGCACUGAUGGGGCACGUCUCCCUUCCCCUGAUUGUCCCUUCCUCCACCGGGUGAAAGCCCAGAACAAGUGUUGUGAAGAGUGGGUCUGUGGAGGAAGCAGUCAGAAGACGAAUUAUGAGAAAGUUUACAGGAACAGCCUUGCUCACAAACCUGAGUUAAAGCUUAAGUCCACCAUGAAUAACCUUCAGGAGAACUGCUUGGUGCAGACCACUGAAUGGAGUGUCUGUUCUAGGACCUGUGGGAUGGGCAUCUCUACCCGUGUUACCAAUGAUAACCCCCCGUGCCAACUGGAGAAGGAGAGCAGGCUCUGUGUGGUUCGAUUCUGCAAUGUCUCUCUUGACAGGAGCAUCAAGAAAGGGAAAAGGUGUAUGCGAAAUCCUAAAUCUCGUCAGGCAAUCCACUUUGAGUUCGCCGGCUGCACCAGCAUCCACUCCUAUCGGCCCAAGUUCUGUGGCAGCUGCAGGGACAGUCGCUGCUGUAUACCACACAUCACCAGCACAGUGAAAGUGGAAUUUCGGUGCCCGGAGGGAGACUCGUUUGUCCGCAAAAUGAUGUUUAUCAAGACUUGCUCUUGCCACCAUGACUGCCCUAUAGAUAAUGAUAUCUUUCUGGUCAGUUACCACUGGCCAAUGAUAGGGGACCAUUUCAAACUAAAGAAUCAGUAGUGCUGGGUCCUUCUCCCACUGUAGGCCAGCAGGCUGAGUUGAUGAAAAUAUCAAAAGAUGUAUCUGUUGGUCACAUUUUAGACAAUGAAGAAAUGAAUGAAGAAUGAUCUCAAAGUGACCCAAGGGAAUGCAUGUCUAAAGACCAGGAACAUACAUCUGGCGUGUUGCAUUCUAAGACAUGGCUAAUGUACUUGGUUCUACACCAACCACAAUCUUCUCUGAAGACCCAGAUUCCAUGUUCUUUCUCCUGUGAAGCAUCCAAAGCACAUUGAUCUGGCCCUAUCUACAGUACAUUCUGUUACUGAAACUGUACUAGCAGUUUUCACCGUAUGGAUGCCUAUCUUCAGCUCUUUUCUUCACAUAACCUUUUUUUCACCCGGCCCAUGGACAUGAAACCAGUCAGAAAAUGUUAGCUCAAAAUGAUCAAGUGUGAUCAUUUUCAGCUACUGUUGAUCAAUUAACUCAAAAUGAUCUAGUAUCCUCUUGCUGAAGAAGUUGAACAAGCUUGAAGAAACAUAUUCA